CCUCCGAUCCUCCAUUGUCAUCUGAUCUCAUUUUCUCAACAUUCAAAGAUAUUCAUAAUAAUGGGCGUUUUCACUUUCUCCGAAGAGAAUAUCUCUGCUGUUGCCCCUGCCACACUCUACAAGGCUCUGGUCUUUGAUGGCGACAACCUCGUCCCUAAGGUCGUUGAUGCCGUCCAGAGCAUUGAGAUCCUCCAAGGAACUGGUGCCGCUGGAACCAUCAGAAGGAUCAACUACCUCGAAGAUGGAAAAUUGCACUACGCGAAGCACAAGGUGGAGGCAGUAGACAAGGACAACUUUGUAUACAACUACGCCUUGGUGGAGAGCGACAUAUUCCCUGAGACUUUGGAGAAGAUCGCCGUCGAGACCAAGUUGGCGGCCGCCCCUAACGGCGGAUCCGUCGUGAAGGUGACCGUCAACUACGUGACGAAAGGAGACGCCAAGCCCAGCGAAGAGGAGCUGAAGAUUGGGAAGCAGAAGGGAGAUGGACUCUUCAAGGCCGUUGAGGCUUACGUCUUGGCCAAUCCCUCCUACAACAUAAUGGGAGUUUUCACCUUCUCUGAAGAGAGCAUUUCCGCUGUUGCUCCUGCCACACUCUACAAGGCUCUGGUCUUUGAUGGCGACAACCUCAUCCCUAAGGUUGUCGACGCCAUCCAGAGCGUCGAAAUCCUCGAAGGAACUGGUGCCGCUGGAACCACCAAGAAGAUCAACUACCUCGAAGAUGGACACUUGCACUACGCGAAGCACAAGGUGGACGCAGUAGACAAGGACAACUUUGUAUACAACUACACCUUAGUGGAGAGCGACACUUUCCCUGAGACUUUGGAGAAGAUCGCCGUCGAGACGAAGUUGGCGGCCGCCCCUAACGGAGGAUCCGUCGUGAAGGUGACCGUCAACUACGUGACGAAGGGAGACGCCAAGCCCAGCGAAGAAGAGCUGAAGAUUGGGAAGCAGAAGGGAGACGGACUCUUCAAGGCCGUUGAGGCUUACGUCCUGGCCAAUCCCUCUUACAAGUGAAUUCUCAAACAUUAAAAUAAGUAUUUUAGAUAAUAAAAUUGAGGUCCCCAUAACCCCAAACCUUAAUUAAUAAGUACUCCCAUGUGGUGCGAGUGAUGUAAGUCCCGAUAUGGGGGUCCCC